UGGGCCUUUGCUUUUGUGUAACAGUCUCAGGAUUGGUCUUUUUCUCAUUGUUUACACAAUUAGUAGUCUUUUAUGUUAUCAGCUAUAUUAUUCAGGACCCAAAAACAACUGGACCCAUCCGAAUCUUUUUAAAAACACAACCUAGCUAUCACAAAGGCUGUUUUGAUGAAGCCCAAAAAGACCUACUCGUAUACCAAAAAAAACCAACGAAAGCCUGGCCCAUUAAUCUCUCAUCAAAUCAGGCCAACAAUCCAAGGGCUCACAACCAAUCAUUUCCACUUCUCUUAUCCUACACCGUGUCCCACCAGAUCACUCAUCGUCACACUAACACACUCACCAAAAAAAAAACUCAAAAGCACAAAGCUCGAGGAGGUCCAUAAAUGGCGCAUUUAAUUAGAACCCCCAAAAUCUCUUCACAACUGUAAAACCCCAAUCACCUCUUUACAUGUGACUUCCUUAUUACUCUCUUCUUCUUAUUUUCCUCCUCUUCUUCUUCGCUCUAGUUUCCCCCAACAAUCGCCAUGGCAGCUUCGUCUCUCAAUCUCCUCCUCAUUCUCUCUCUUCUCACUUUCAUUUCUCUCCAGAGAUCUGAAUCUCUUUCCGAUAAUCCAUCUCUCACUCUUCUACCCGACGGAUUCGACUGGCCGAUCUCUCACUCCGAUGAAUUCGAUAUCAUCGACGGUGAAGAAAGCUUCGAAGUUACGGAGGAAGACGACGGCGUAACAGAUCGACGGUCAUUGUACUGGCGGAGGACGAAGUAUUACAUAUCGUACGGUGCAUUGUCGGCGAAUAGAGUGCCAUGUCCUCCCAGAUCUGGAAGAUCGUACUACACUCAUAACUGCUUCAGAGCUAGAGGUCCCGUUCAUCCGUAUAGCCGAGGCUGCUCGUCGAUCACUCGAUGCCGGAGAUAGAUGAAGAAAGCUUAAAACUCCAUGGGCAUUUUCGUAAUUUUGCCAACCAUGGUUUAUUAUUAUGAUGUUUGUAUUUGUAAUGUUCGAUGUUUGUUUGUAAACCGUGAUUAGUUACGUUCGUUAAACGGUAAACCCGGUGAUUAUAAUUUCGAGUUCUUGCUAUAUAAAUGGUUAAGUACUAAAGAGUCGUGAGGGGUGGAUUGGUAAUUUUAGGGAUCGUUGUGGGUUUUUUGUCGGUGGCUUUUAAAUUAUUUGUUUGUACUGUUUAUGAAUUUAAAUCCGGGUCACAUGUCUUUGGACUUAUUUGAAUAUCACCAUGUUCCAAUUUCACCAUCCAUCUAAAUAUGGUUCGACCGUUGUUUUGAUUUGUUAUUGGGCUUUUGUUAUCAUUGCAUCGCUGUUGUUGGUGGGCUGUUACUUUGGCCCAAUUGAGGAAUUGUGGUCUAG